AUGUCUACCUCGAACCAGAAAUGGAUCCUGGAUGGACCGAAUAUGGCUCUCUGCGAUAGUUGUAGUGUACAUACACAACCUAUCUGGAAUUUUUUUUAUUAUGAUAUGAACUUUUGCGAUGACUGUUGGGGGAAGCUGGGUCCACACAAGCUGGGUCGGAAGGGCCCCGAUGGCUUACCCCAUGAGAAGGCCAAUCCAACAAUCGUCCAAAGACUAAAAGAGAUCCUCGCCCCACCCCAAGAUUACUAUGAACAGCAAAUGCUGCAUGUCAAGGAUGAAGAUACGACUUGGUUUGGGCUGGUGCGUGACAAUCACAACAGAUCCAUUUUUGAUGACAGCAAUACCGAUGAGUACCAACUCCGAUAUCCUCAGAUCGUCUCUUUUAUUGGACAAACAGGUGCUGGAAAGAGCACUCUCAUCAAAAUUCUCAUAGAUCAACAAGAAAGGAUACACGGCUCGCAUGAAUGGUCGUUCCCGUCACCAGUAGUUGGGUCAAUGACGAAUAGCAACACACCAACGUCUUGUGAUGUUCACCUUUACAGUGAUACAACCACAUAUCUAUCAGAAUAUCCCAUGCUUUUCGUAGACUGCGAAGGCUUAGAAGGCGGCGAAAACACUCCAAUAAGUGCUCGGUAUCGUGAGAAGGCGUCACAUACUUCUGAAGAGAGGGGGAAAGGGAGAGAGAUGCGCCGAGAGCAUACCAAACUGCAACAGAUUUCCAGAGGAUUAAAUCGCACACGUCAAAAAAUCAAAUGGGCGAACUCGCUAGAAAAGACAAAACGUCAGUACGCAGUCAAAGAGUUUUAUCCACGUUUGCUAUACACGUUUUCGGAUGUGAUUGUCUUCGUCUUGCGAAAUGCAAAGACAUUUGAGUCUACUGUACUUACAUUGUUGAUCAAAUGGGAAAGAUCGUCCAUUGAAAAGUCGGUCAACCAACCUAUCCUACCUCACGCCAUCAUUGCUCCCAACGCAACAAGUACCAAAUUCGAUCAUAGCGCUUGGAACCCUGAACACGCAACGGAAUCUCUUCUAGCUGAUGUCGCUGGUGCAGUCGAUCAAGAUCCGGCUUUUAAAGAGCUAAAAGAAUAUUGGGGUAGGAAGGGUAGAAACAUUCACACCGUGAAGGAUCUUCUUUUGUGCUACUAUUCCUCGAUCACCGUUGUAAGGAUACCUGGGGAUGGCCGGUACAUGAUGAUUGACGAACAGAUUCAAAAAUUUCACGAUACGUUGUCUAAGCGAUGCAGAGAGUCAUUCAACACGAAGUCUAGGUCGAGCAUGCUUUUCAACUCUGAUUCUUUGAACGCAUACCUGCAUUCCGCAUUUGAACAUUUUUCAAGUGAUUUGAACAAACCAUUCAACUUCAUGGACAUCUUGUUCAAGAUCAAUCCCAUUCCUUUCAAUUUUCGAGGUAACAUUCUCAAGCUGGCUGUUGCUAUGAAAGUUCGGUACGAUGAUCCCACGAAGAUUUUCGAGAAAUUGAGCUUCAUGGUAGCUUCGUGUAUUGGGUUGGACUGUGUUCGACAAAACUUUAAAGGUCUGGCAGAUCAAAUCCUCGAAAAACAAUACCUCACCUACUGUGGUACAGCACUAGAAGACUUUUGUACGUUCUACUGGCCAUGCAAAUUCCACUAUAUGCACCGCGGUAGCUGUGUAAAUGUGAAGGAGGCUCAUAUCAAGGGACAUCAGAAUGAAAAAUGUGAAUCUAAAUUUACGUCAAGUGGCUUCGCCAAAGACUGGUCUCGGCAUUUGCAGAACCACCUUGCAAAAUUUCAAAUUGAGCUCAGUUCACAGCUCAUGCAAACCCCUUCUGCGAGUGAGGUGGAUAUAACCACACGACUCCACCACGCCAACAUCACGACAUGCUACAAGCGUCUGGGUGGCGCCCAGGAGUUUGUCAGUCACUUGACUUGCUACUGCUGCCUUCGAGAAUUGGCCGAGCAUCCUCUACGCAGUGGUAGUAUGAGAAGCAUUGUCAUUCUAGAUGUUCUUGGAGAGAUCCAAAAGGAACUAGGAGGGCGCAUUCCUAUCCAGGAAUCUUUCGAUCUUAUAGUGGGCACCAGUACCGGCGGAUUGCUUGCACUUGGCCUUGGUGUCAAAAAUUGGUCCAUCAAACAGUUUACGUGGACAUUUCUGAACUUAUUGGGGAAAGCGUUUACUUCCAGGUACCCUGGUGGUUUCCAAUUAAUGACGAGCAAAUACUGUAUCAAGCCGCUUGAAGAAGCCUUACCCCAAGCUUUCGGGGAUGAAGCCAUGUUCGGAGGAGUGCCAGAGGAUAUGAGUGGCUUUGCACGGAAAGGUGCCGUAACAGCCGUUACUGAGACCGGUGAGGAGAUUGUAAUCUUUACGAAUUAUAGUCGUGCGAGUAAAUCUGGGAGUAAUGCAAGAGCCGCAUCUGCUGCACCGUUCUUCUUCAAGCCCUUCUUUAAUUACAGAACCAUGGGGAGUUAUAUUGAUGGCGCUGUCAAGCACAACAAUCCAAUACGAAUAGCCAACAAUGAAACCAAGUUCCUCUGGCCGGAUGUAGAAGAGCGCUAUCCAGACAUCUUGUCUUCGGGUGUAGAAGGCUCCUCAACUGCCGGAUCUGAUCGCAGACGCAUGCAAAUUCGAAAAGCGCUCAAAUUAACGAAGAAGCGAUCCAAGAUAUCAAAGGUCUUUCCACAAGUAGAUUCUUGGUUCAAAUUUGCCAAGAAGCGCGUCGAGGAUAUCCUUAACUCUGAAAAAAUGUCGAGAGACUUCCGCACCGACGUUGUGGGCUUGUCUUCGGCCAUUUCGGCAGAGAGAGAUAUACGCAUGAAUCCUAAAGUCAGGAGCCCAGUGCCCAAGAUGGAUGACACGUCGAAAAUCAAUGACUUGCAGAGGGAGGUUGCUGACACACUUCGCACGCCUGAGUCACAGGCUAUAAUACAAACGAUUGCUGGUCGGCUCAUUACCAGCUCGUUCUAUUUCGAAAAGAUUGGGCGAACCAGGGAGAGCAAAGGUGUACUCACCAUCCAAGGUACCAUAGCGUGUAGAUUCGCUGAUGGAUCGGACAAUCUACGCUUCCUUGGAGAACACCUUCGCUUCAAAUUCCAACGCUACAAGUUCCAGCCCUUCUUCCGCAUCUCCGAAGUGGGCAACGUCGAGCACACUCAGGACAUUGAGUUGAGCCGCAAAGUCCUCAAGGACGUGGUAGACAGUCGAUUAUUCGGCCUGGGCUCAAUCGUCAUACCCGUGACCUCUGAUUCAGUACUGCUAGCCAUUGACUUUCACCCAAUCGACGACCGCAUGCAACCAACGCUCAGCGCCGGCUUCCCCAUCAGCGGCUUCCCCAGUAAUCUCACCGAAGGUGAAGCUGUGAAACAAACCACAUCUCCGCCCAUGUCCGACACAGAACCUGCCAAAAUCUCGGACAAGUGCCGCUCCCUCCGCGAAAGCAAAUCCAAUAUUCACGGCAGACUCGAGCUCGAGCACCGCCCCAUAAGUGACGGAAAUAUCAACUACGGGUUCGCCUUAAGCUUCGCUGAUAGCCGCGAUCCUGUAUCUAACUCGGCCCAUGGUCACAGCGAGGUCACCCCGUCACCCUCAAAGCCAACGCUACCUCUUGAUCUACAGUACCAGGUUGAAUUACAUGAUCCUGAUGCAGCCAUGGGGAUGUCGGACGUGGAGAUGACGCCGAGUUCACGAAGAAGGGGGAUCCAUUAG